AUCAACAAUUGAAAAGUAAAAUCUAGAACAUACAAAACGGGGUAUAUCAUAUAUCAAUCAAUCACAUCUAUCAAAACACCACCCAUAGCUCAACCCAUUUAACCCAACCCAGACCAUGCAAUCCACCCACCACCACCACCAUAUCCCAUCCCCCCUGCAAGGAGAAUCAUUUAAUACCUCCCAAAACUCUCCCCCUCAACUCCAUACCCUCCAUACCCUCCUCCAUCCCCAUACCCAUACCCAUACUCCCCUCCUUCACCCCCCUGCCCCAUCAUCCCCGAAUACCCAUCCCCCUCCCCCUCCAUCUCCUGCUGCAUCUGCAUCUGUUGUUGUUGUUCCUCACUCUCAUUAAAAAUCUGCUGUUGGAGAACAAUACUAUACACGCUCGCCUUGAGCAGGGUACAGACGGUGGCAGUUUGACGUUCUAGGCCGCGGAGGCCAUCCAGUGUGAGGGUCGUGGGUGAUUCGGC